UCAGGGCUCUGGAAGGGUCAGGAAGGUCAAAGGUCUCUCUUGUGGCCUCCCUGCUCCAGAGAUGCCCCCCCCCGGGGCCUGGCCUCUGGGCUCCAGUGGCCCCUCCGCCAGGCUGGCCUCCCCAGUCCAAUCCCAGGUGCCAGACACCUCCCUCCGCGACAGCGUGGGGCCCCCCUCAGGGUCCUGGGCUCCCCCUCCACGGCUGACCGCAUCACCCCAUCUUGGGUCCGACUGGGGGCUCCUGGAGAGAAGAGAUGGCAGGGGUCAGAGGGGAGAGCGAGGGGAGGAAUGAUGGCAUGGCUGCAGGCUGCACGCAGCGUGUGGACCUCAGAGGCUCGGGCAGGCUUGCACUGCCAGCCUUGUGGGGGCACGCACCCCACCCCAUCCCGUUGGGCAGGGGCAUGAGCAGACCGCCCCGUCGUCCAUCAACCCGCCUGCUUGCGACCCCAGAAAGUUGGGGGGCUGAGGAAAGACUCCCCGGGUCAUGUAACUCCCUUCUGUCCCCGUGACGAGGGUCCUUCGAGUGACAGCCUGUGGGUGCCUGCGGCCCUGGGGCUGGGGGAGAGGGCAUCCCGUGGCCACAAGUGGGGGCUGCCCCCCGGAUAUCCUAAGGGGCCAGGAGAGACCCAUUGCCUGACCUGCCCCUGCCCGGAGCCCGGUCCCAUUCAGCUCCACAGAGGCCCUCAGAACUCAGGUCCUUUUACCCUGGACUGGAGACCCACUGGGCUGGAAGAGGCUGGCCACUGUCCGGGUCCCACGGCCCCCUGGGGCAGGACCCAGGCUCGCUCCUCCCCCUACCUGGAAGAGUGCCUGUGCCUUUAAAGCCUCCCCCACUCCGGCCCGCGGCGGUGAGGCGGGGGCAGGGGGAGGAGGGGAGGAGCCGCACGAGACUGAGCUCUGUGCCUAGUGCUGGAGCGGACGGAGGACCAGCCUUGCAGCCAGGGUGGGCAGCAGGGGGCACGGACCCCAGCUCCGGUCCGGGUGUGGUGCCAAGCUUCCUGCCCAGGGCUGUGCUCUUGGGCCCGGGGGACGCGGCUCUUCACUGCCCGCCAGGUGGACAAGCAGGCUGCGUGCUCUGGAAGCCUCCCUGGAGCAGGUUCUGUAGUCACGGGCUCCCGCGGAGCGUGAAGGAGGCCCCAGCUAUUUCUGCAGCCGGUCCAUCCCACACGGUCUCUGUGGCCCCCUCCCUGGGAGGCUCGGGCCGCCCACCCGCUGAGGAAGAGCAUGAAGAAGCGGUCCAUUCUGCUGGCUUUGGCGGCCGUGGUCUUGGUCCUCCUCCUCAUCGGGCUCUGCAUCUGGCUGCCCGAGGCCUCCAAGCAGCAUAGCCACGUGUACCCCAGGGCUGCCGUGGCCGCGGACGCCAAGCGCUGCUCAGAGAUCGGCAGGGAUACGCUGCUAGACGGCGGCUCGGCGGUGGACGCAGCCAUCGCGGCCCUGCUGUGCAUGGGGCUCCUGAAUGCCCACAGCAUGGGCAUCGGGGGCGGCCUGUUCCUCACCAUCUACAACAGCACCACGCGGAAGGCUGAGGUCAUCAACGCCCGCGAGGUGGCCCCGCGGCUGGCCUCCGCCGGCAUGUUCAACAGCUCGGAGCAGUCGGAGGAAGGCGGGCUGUCGGUGGCGGUUCCAGGCGAGCUCCGUGGCUACGAGCUGGCACACCGGCGGCACGGGCGGCUGCCCUGGGCGCGCCUCUUCCAGCCCAGCAUCGAGCUGGCCCGCCAGGGCUUCCCGGUGGGCAAGGCCUUGGCGGGAGCCCUGGAGAGGCAGCGGGAGGCGGUGGAGCGGCACCCUGCGCUGUGCGAGGUGUUUUGCCGCGACGGGAAGGUGCUGCGGGAGGGGGACCACGUGACCAUGCCCCGGCUGGCCGACACCUUGGAAACGCUGGCCUCGGAGGGCGCCCAGGCCUUCUACAACGGGAGCCUCACGGCCCAGAUUGUCAAGGACAUCCAGGAGGCUGGGGGCAUCGUGACGGCCGAGGACCUGAACAGCUACCAGGCGGAGCUGGUUGAGCAGCCGCUGAGCGUCAGCCUCGGGGGUGCCCAGCUCUACGUGCCCAGUGCCCCGCUCAGCGGGCCCGUGCUGGCGCUGAUCAUCAACAUCCUCAAAGGAUACAACUUCUCCCGGGCGAGCGUGGAGACGCCUGAGCAGAAGGGCCUGACCUACCACCGCAUCGUGGAGGCCUUCCGCUUUGCCUAUGCCAAGAGGACCCUGCUUGGGGACCCCAAGUUUGUCAACAUGACUGAGGUGGUCCGCAACAUGACCUCCGAGUUCUUUGCCGCCCAGCUCCGGGCCCGGAUCUCCGACAGCACCACUCACCUGGCCUCCUACUACGAGCCUGAGUUCUACACGCCCGACGGCGGGGGCACUGCCCACCUGUCGGUGGUCUCAGGGGACGGCAGCGCUGUGUCAGCCACCAGCACCAUCAACCUCUACUUUGGUUCCAAGGUGCGGUCACGGGUCAGCGGGAUCCUGUUCAACGAUGAGAUGGAUGACUUCAGCUCCCCCAACAUCAUCAACCAGUUCGGGGUGCCCCCCUCGCCAGCCAACUUCAUCGCGCCAGGCAAACAGCCACUCUCGUCCAUGUGCCCCGCGAUCAUCGUGGGUGAGGACGGCCAGGUCCGCAUGGUGGUGGGCGCCUCCGGGGGCACCCAGAUCACCACGUCCACGGCGCUGGCCAUCAUCAACAGCCUGUGGUUCGGCUAUGACGCCAAACAGGCGGUGGAGGAGCCCCGGCUUCACAAUCAGCUUCUGCCCAACACCACGGUGCUGGAGAAAGGCAUCGACCAGGCGGUGGUCGAGGCCCUGAAGGCCCGGCACCACGCCAUCGAGGAGACGUCCACCUACAUCGCCGUGGUCCAGGCCGUCGUGCGCACAGCCGGCGGCUGGGCGGCCGCCUCGGACUCCAGGAAAGGCGGGGAGCCCGCGGGCUACUGAGCGCUCCGGGGAGGAGAGGCCCGCCAGGGCGGGGGCCGGGGGUGGGACUUGGGGGGCUGGCUUCCCCUGGGAGCGGCGCAGCAGGACAAUAAAUACGGCGGCGCGCCGGGCUCCAGGCCGUCCUGCCGCCGGCUCUCCAC